UUUCUAAUAUUCACAGGUGGGAAGAGCAAUGGGAGUAGCUUUACAACCUAGGCCUUGGCCUAGACAAGUGAUCAGGGAACAAAAUAAGAGUGAUUACCUCUGAGAAAGGACAUAAUGGCACAAAGCGCCUGCACAAACAUGGGAGACUUGCUUCCCCCUCGGAGGCAGAUGGUAGUGGAAAGACUGAAGAGACGAAUGGAAUGUUACAGAGGUCGGCAGCUACAUUGCCUGAAGAGGGAUCAAGUGGCAUCAAGGACACUGCUGGAUCAGAACCAGCAACAAACACAAGUUCUACGACAGCGUUUUCUGGAACAAAAGGCAAAGAAAUGUGUCAAGAAAUCAAAUUCUGAUGUCAAGAAGAAUGUGGAUGCUGUCAACAGUACUUUCAUUAAACCACCCCAUCCUGAAGAUGCAGCAACAAUUGAAAGAAGUACUAGUACCAAUAAUAUUACUGGCAGCGACAUGGAGUUGGAACCUGUUGGUGUCCCUGAGUCUUACAAGACUGAACAAGUGGAAUCAGGGCAUCUUGAAAAGGUGAAAAUGGAGGAACCUCUAUUGAAGCCCAAGGAGGAACAGAAAUCUGAAGGGGGAGGGACCCCAAGGAGUGAUGAGCAAUCUCCAAGGAAUGUAUCCAGUCAAGAUCAAAGUUCUAAUGCUACUUCAGCAUCUGAGUAUUCCAAAGUUGGCCCACCUGCAAAGCAAUGCAAAGAGGAGCCACUUUCUGAUACAAGUCCUUUCCCUGAAAAUUUAGGCAAUCUCCUUAGUGAUGAUUCUGGUGAUGAGGAGGCUUUCAAGGAAUUUAUACUUGGCUUCCCGAAUCUCCACAAUGAUCUCGACUUGAACCAAAUUGGGAGCUCUGACUUGGAAAAAUUCAUGAAGGAUUUCCCCUGCUUAUAUAGUGAUAUUGGUACUGAUAUAAGCAAGCACUCUAUGAGCAGUGGCAGUGACUCCAAGAAUGAAAUACAGUCACAACAGUCAGCAAGGGAAAAUGCUGGAAAUUCUGCAAUAUCAACAUCUAAUGUCAUGUCAACAUCUAGCCAUGAGACCAGAGCAGGUGCAUCACCCUUAACUAGUUCAGUCAGAAGCACGCCUGAUACUCAGGCUGUCACUGGUUCAAAUGGAACAGGCUGCACCUUUACCUCAGGGAAUUCAAGUGGUGCUCUCACCACAGGAAAUGUAAGCUACCCUUCUCUGAGUUCAGGCUCACAACAAAGCUAUGGUGGAAUGCGACCAGAGAUCUCAGCACCUUCAUCUGGAUUGGCUGCCCAGACAUUGAAAGAAAUGGCAAAACAUCAUCAGCAGUUGAGCAGCCAAGUAAUGACUCCCAUUGCCUCAACCCUUCCAAGUUUCUCUGGUGACAUGCAUUCUGGUGCCAUUGUCAGUAAUCAGAGGCCUAAUGGGAGUUCAGAAGUGGAACACUUUUCAUCUCCACAAUCUCAGUUCAUGCGAUUCCCAGGUGCCACUCCAGCCAGUGUUUCUAAUGCCAAUGUAUAUGUGCCAAAUAGUUUCCAGAGUAUGAGAGGUGUUCAAGUACCAAACUUGCAUGAAGCACCUAGAGUACCAGCACCUAGAUAUCCAAGUCCAAGAGGGCCUCCACCACGAAGCAUGAGUCCCUCCCAGUUCUCUCGAUCUGAAAGUUCCCCUGGUACAUCUGGCAAUUCCAAGAAUGCUGAGGGAGGGCCUCAAUUCUCUCCUAUUCCAUCUGCCAUGGGGAACUGUGUGCCAAGACAGUAUGGUCCAAUGGGGCCUGUGAUGAACAACUCAAAUGUGAGAGGCUAUAUGCAGCCAGACCAAUCCCAAGCCACUAUGCAAAUGCAGUAUCGUCACCCACAAGGUGGAAUGGUGAUGAACAUGUAUCAGCAGCAGAAUCAAGCCAUGAUGGUUCGAAGAGGAGGACCAUAUCGCAUGCAGCAGCAACAGGUGACUCACCAGUAUCAAGUCUACCGAGCAUCACGAAUGAUGCCAUCUCGGGAGGGUCCAAUGGGGCAACCUGGCUACCCAGGACUGAACAUGCCCAUGAUGGGAUCAUGCUCAAUUGGUCCUGGGCAAAAUCAUGGCUGGAAUCAAAUGCAGCCACCCAUGAUGAUGCCUUCAAUUCAAGGAAUGAAUCAAAACAGUGCCUAUUAUGCAGCUGGUGGAAUGAUGAUGGCCAAACAGGAACAAACUUUAGGGGAAGGAAAGAAUAUAAUUGUCCAGAAUGCUGCAGGAGGUAUCAGCAUUCAUCAGGUGAACAGUGGCAUGGUGGGAAAUAAAAUUGCAACCACUUUAUGCACUCCCCCUGUUGAUCAGGUUGCAUCAUCCCAGUCAACCAUGGCAGGGUCCAGACUGAUGGGAAGAGUAACAGGGAGCCAUCAAGGACAGCCACCAAAUCCCUUGUCAGCUGAGAGUCAAAUGAUGCCUGGGAAUCUGUCUGGUUCGCACCAAACUCUUAUGACUUCAGCUUCCCAAGCAAGCCAAAUGUCAUCCUUGCCACAUGUGAACCAAAUGUCACAUGGGAAUAUGCGUGGUCCACAACAGAGUUCAAUCACUCAGCAGUCUCCCAGUGGCACAGAGUCUCAAUCUAAACCUGACUCAUUAUACCAAACAGACAUAUGCCGGGAAUUUAACUUUGACUUCCUGGAUAGUAGUGGAAUGUUCUCCAAUCAGCAAUCUCUCUCAUCCUCUGAGCAAGAAUUCCUGAAAACCUUGGACUCAAUGGUUACUGAUGCCAUGGAGGGAUUUACGUGAUGCAUGGCAUGGUUUGGUCCAUCCAUCCAUCCAUCCAUCCAUCCAUCUAUCUCCUGAAAUGCUUUAUAAUUAUACCAGAGAAUCAAAGAAAUUUUGCAGAUUCAGAAAUUUUGCUGAACAACUGUAUUAUGCAUGCAGUGCCUUUAUCUUUACUACUGUCAGUUCCCUGCCUGGGCAAACAGUACCUGAUCAAAAAUUGCAUCCAGUCCAGUUUGAGUCCUCCUUGGGUCAUUCCAUGUUACUAUACUCUCCUGCCAUUCCCAAAUUGACAUAACAUGUGCAUCUCCUCUAUGCAUACAUGUGUUCAUCAGAGAUAAUGUAAGCUUUCUCUGUUCAUUUUAAUAAGCCAUUCAUGUAUCUCCAUCAUGAAAUGCCACAUUGCAUUGGAGAAUCUUCAUUGGCUUCUCAUUGCACACUUGGCUUUAGCUGGACUUGAGCUAUGAGCAGCUCUUUUAUAUUUUACAAUAGGUAUAUAGGAGGCAGUAUAUGUACUUGUGAUUCCAGAGUGCUCUCCAUAGGAAGGCCUCGUACAUAUUUAAUUAUUCUGCUCUCUAAAGUAUGUCCUAUGUCUAUUGUUGUAGGUCCUAGCUGUUCAUCUUCUGUGGUAUUGCUAGCAUGUUUUUCUAUGCAACAAAGGAAGAGGCAGUACUCUCCUAUUCAAUGUGCCAAUGUGGAAAGCCAUCUGAAUGAUCUUCCAUGUCAUGAACAUGCAUCAUCUUGAUGUUUGCUUUACUGAAUGGAUUCAUGACUCAGCCUUGUGAUUCCAGAAAUUGACAGUUUGCCAUGUUGAAAUUUACUACCCAUAAUCCUGAUAUUUGGAUGUGUAUGUGAUCAAGAACAAACAAAAAAGAAACCAGUAUCAUUGGAGGCUUCUGGAAAGACUCUUCAUGUGUUUUCAUACAACUUGGUGUCUGCUUUUCUUAAUAUUCAUUCAAUGCAGUCGAUAGAACUCAAGGAUCUAAAGAUUUUCAUGUCAUUGCAAACACUGAAGAGAGUCCAGUUACCAAAGGUAUUCAUUCCUCAACAUGAAUCUUGGGGGCACAUUAGCCUGCCAAAAUUAAAGAUGGUCAAAGCCACUGUAAAAUGAAUCACUAUGUACAAUUUGAGAGUAUUUUUAUAUUGAUGUUCUUUCUUUUUUGUUGCAUCAAUUUUGUAUCCAUUAUCAUAUCAAUAAGAGGUGCAAAUAAAAGCAAUUGUGACAUGACUA